GAAAAAUGCUAUCGGAUCGAAUGCUGGCUUGCCAUUGUAUCUAAACAGCAAAAUUGGAGCUAAUCUAAACUCUUGCUGCUAAAGCGUCAUCUUCUUCCUCGUGAGUCUUCCGGUACAUAAACUAAACUAUUCGCAAAGAGCAAAGUUUGUGCCGUGCGUGUUAAAAUAGGAGAUCAUGUCUUUAGCAGUUGUUGGUGUGGCCAUUGUCACUGCUGUUGGGAAGGUCGAGACGUGGAUUGUUACUGCUUUUGACAAGGCCAAGGAGUGGGUUGUUGCCACUAUUGUUCCAGCUGUUGUUGCUGUUGUUGGUAAGGCCAAGGGGUGGGUACUUGCUGCUAUUGGCAAGGCCAAAGAGUGGAUUGUUGCUACCAUUGGCAAGGCCAAGGAGAGUGCAAGACAUUACAAAGGUGGCCUCUAUGUGUUUCUUACAUGCAUUGUUGCGGUUGUUGAUGGCUUACUCUUUGGCUACAACAUUGGAAAUUCAGGUCAGAUUAUGCUUGGCUCUGGAACUGGAUUCGAGGAACAUGUUGUUCCACUUUAUUUGUCGGAAAUGUCACCUAUUCAUCUCCAAGGAAUCAUCAAGAGUGUAUUCAAAUUAGCUAUUAAGUUGGGCGCUUUUAUAGCUAAUGUGGUUAAUUAUAGAACAAAAAAGUUGGAUUAUUCAAGAUGGAAGAUCUCUCUUGGCCUCACAGGAGUAUUGGCACUUUUUGUGACAAUGGGAGCAAUUCUUCUUCCCAAGACAUCUAAAGGCUUAAUUGAGCAAGGAAAAAGGGAGAAAGGCAGAAGAAUCCUUGCCAAAAUCAGAGGAAUUGAUGAUGUUAACAUAGAGUUUGAGGACAUGAUACAUGUUAGUGAUUUGGCUAACUCUAUUGAGCAUCCAUUUACGAAAAUGCUUGAGAGAAGAAACAUACCAAUAUUGGUAAUGGCCAUCUUCAUGCCAGCAUUCAAAAUCCUAAUGGUCAUGAGUUUCAUUCUCUUCUAUACUCCAGUGUUCUUUCAAAGCAUAGGGUUUGGAGAAAAUGCCUCGCUUUAUUGCUCAGUUGACAUAGUAGCCGUUAUGGUUGUAUCUAUCUUUAUAUCCAUUGCCAUAGUAGAUCGAUUGGGGUGAAGAGUUUUACUCAUCAGUGGUGGAAUUCAAAUUAUUCUAUGUCAGGUAAGAUAUUUAGUAUUAAUUUGCAAAUGCAUAAAAUAAGAAUAAGAUACUCAUAAUGAAAUUUUUGAAAAUUU